AGGCACAACUUGGUGGAUCGAUUUCCGUGUGUCUGCGUGUAUGCCUCCUACAUUUGACAGGAGGUAGACAGAGAAGCAAAAGAAACAAAGAAAAUAAAUUUAACAAAAAGAAGAAGAAUUGGCUAUAACCCAUUAUUUUUUUUGUUUUUGUUUACUUAAGUAGCUUCAUUUCACCCCCACAAAAUUCUCUCUUUUCAGCCUCUCCCCCUCUCUCUUCUCAAUCGUCCUCCACUUUCCCUCCUUUUCUCUCCAUAGGCACAAAAAAAAAAAAAAAAAAAAAACUACUGAGAGAGCAACUCACUUCAAGCAAUAACUCCAUUCAUGUAUGUGAUCAUCUCUUGUAAACCUUUUCCUCUUCGAUAUAUCGAUCUCCACUUCUCCCUCCUCUUUCACUUUGCAUAUUGAAGGUUUGCUAAUAUUCUCUGUCUGUGUGUGUGUUCUUUCUUCCUCUUCUUCUUCUUCUUGGUUUACAUGCAGAAAGGAGAGAUUUGACUUGAAAGGAAGGGAUUCAAAAGAGAGGCUGCUCCUGCAACAAUGAAUUCCAACAACUGGCUCUCCUUCCCACUUUCCCCUACUCAUCCCAACUUGCAAACCCAUCUCCAGUCAUCUCACUCCCACCACUUCUCCCUCGGACUAGUCAAUGACACCAUGGACAACCCUUUUCAUUCCCAAGGAGAUUGGAGCCUUGUGAACAGUCAAGCAAGUGAUGAAGUCCCAAAAGUGGCCGACUUCCUAGGAGUGAGCAAAUCCGAGAGCGACAGCCACCACGCCGGAGAUCAUCUCGUCGCCUACAACGACCUCCAUCACGGCCAUCACCACAACGAUGCCGCGGCGGAGUACUUGUUUGCCACCGGCGGGACAACCAGCCUGAUGCCGGUGCACAACUCCACGGCGGUUGUGGCGGCGGCGGCGGCGGGGGCCGCCGCAUCUAGUAACUACGAGUUCCAAGAGAGUGCCGGCAGCCUGCAAGGGCUGACGCUGUCGAUGGGGAGCGCCAGCGGGAAGAGCGAGACCAGUGGGGAUAACACGAGCAGUACUACAACUGAGGCCGCCGCUCCGAGGAGGACGUUGGAUACUUUCGGCCAGCGAACUUCCAUUUACCGUGGCGUUACGAGGCAUAGAUGGACAGGAAGGUAUGAAGCUCACCUUUGGGACAAUAGCUGUAGAAGGGAAGGCCAAUCAAGGAAAGGAAGACAAGGUGGGUAUGAUAAAGAAGAAAAGGCUGCUAGGGCUUACGAUUUGGCUGCUCUAAAGUAUUGGGGUCCAUCUACUACCACCAAUUUCCCCAUCACCAACUAUGAGAAGGAAUUGGAGGAUAUGAAGCAUAUGACCAGACAAGAGUUCGUAGCUUCCAUUCGAAGGAAGAGCAGUGGCUUCUCUAGAGGCGCAUCGAUGUAUCGUGGUGUGACAAGGCAUCACCAACAUGGAAGAUGGCAAGCGAGGAUCGGCAGAGUUGCCGGAAACAAAGAUCUCUACCUCGGCACUUUCAGCACGGAGGAGGAGGCGGCGGAAGCAUACGACAUAGCGGCGAUAAAAUUCCGCGGCCUCAACGCCGUCACCAACUUCGACAUGAACCGCUACGACGUCAAGAGCAUCCUCGAGAGCAACACGCUCCCCAUCGGCGGCGGCGCCGCCAAGCGGCUCAAGGAAGCCCAGGCGCUCGAGUCCUCCCGCAAAAGGGAGGAGAUGAUCGCCCUCGGCUCCACCUACCCUUACGCCGCCGCCGCCGCCGCAUCCGGCGGCUCGAGCCGGCUCCAAGCCUACUCCCUAAUGCAGCCGACAGCCUACGAGGCCCAGCCGCUGCUCACUCUCCAAAACGCGCCCGACAUCUCGUCGUACGACGCCGCAGCGGCGUCGUUUCACCAGAACAACUACCUGCAGACGCAGCUCCACCUGGCGAACCAAUCGACGGCUGCCACGUCGUACCAGGGCGGGUCCACGUCGCAGUUCUACAGCAGUUACUUGCAGAGCAACCCGGGGAUGCUUCACGGGUUGAUGAACAUGGAGGCCGGGAGUAAUAAUAAUACUGGCGGUGGUUCGGGUGGGUCGAUUUACGGUUCGGGCGGUGGUGGGUUCUUGGGUAGUGGGUUGGGGAUGGCGACCGGUGGGUCGGGUGGACAGGGUGGACCGGGGUCCGGAGGAGAGGAAGGGGUUGGGGCGUUGGUGAAGGUGGAUUAUGAUAUGCCUUCCACGGCUGGGUACGGUGGCUGGACCGGGGAGUCCGUCCCUGGGUCGAACCCGGGCAUGUUCACGAUGUGGAAUGAUUGACCCGACUCGAUUGUGGGGUAGACUGUAGAGGAGAAAGAUGGUUGGAAUUUGGAAGAGGGAGUGGGAGUGGGGGAUCAUCUAAUUAAUUAACCCUAAGUUUUAAGGCUAAUCUUUUUCGUUGAUUUUGUUUUUCUGGUUUUCGGUUAAGAGAGAUGAUGUGAAUCAACUCGUUACUGACCCCUCAAAUCUUAAUUGAUUGAUUGGGUUAAUUUUCUUUUCUUUUGGGUUAUUGGGGACAUGUGGGCUUUGAUUAUGGGUGAAUUGCCACCCAAAUUUUGUAACCUAUAUUGCUCAUGUGUCUUCUUUGGAGCGAACGUGAUUAAUUGAUAUAUAAAGUAUAUCCUCGGCAAUAUUUUGUGUUCAUUUUCUAUAUUUUGCAUGGUCCAUUAAACCGUACAGUACCGGCGGUUCAACCACAAAAUAUCAGUAUCGGAGGCUAACCCGAUAGGCGGUAUUUAACGGUAUUAACGGUUGAAACUACGGUUCAACCACGAUUUUACCGUAAAAAUACUCUACUACUAACUUUUCCGGUACGGUGUCCGAUACGGUUUCAUGGACCAUGAUAUUUUGUAUAUCCAUAGUGAUUAAUUUUCCUUUUACACAUUCCUUUGGACUUGUUGCUUACAUCAAACCAAUGUAGUUGCAUGCAUGAAGAGUGGUCCAAGCGGCCACGUCCUUGCUUGCAUGUUGGGCCUGGGCUUUAUUCUUGUAACAUGGGCCAGGCCGGCUACAGUUGGUGAGCUUUUUGGGGGGUGUACAAACUGCAAUUAUGGGCUGUAAGAUAAGAGAUCUGUGUCUUUCUUGGAUUCCUUCGGGAUCGUUAGUCACGAGAUGGGAACAAAGUGAUCAUGGUUCGUCAAGUUCUAGUUUUCUCACCUUAUAUAUUUGAGGGGUUGGUUUUUUUUUCUCUUGGAUUCAUAUAUAGUAGAUAGUUUAGAUCCCAAAAUGGAUCCUUGAUAGUGUUAUGUUCCUCUCUAUUUAGGGUGAUCGAAUUUGUAUCUUACUUCUCCUUUCAGAUGAUAAUAAUGAGUCUGUUACAACCCAGCAGAGCGAGGCUGGUGAAGACUGAAGUAUGUGUUACAGGUGCGUUCCAGUAUACAUGACGGUGUUUACUGAUCCAUUUGUGGUGGAACUUCUAGCUCUUCAAUCUUCAUGAGCGUAGGAGACGGAGUAGACCGAAUUGAUUAAUGAUUGUUUGUGGCAACACAAAUAUUGUCCGGGACAUAUGCAACAAUCAUCAGACAUGAGACAUGAGUUUACUAUUAGAUACAAUCUCAUAAUAUCAUCAUGCAUUAUCGUAUUCGUGUUAAGUAAAUUUCUUCCAUUUUUUCAAUUUUGAUCUCUUUUUUUUUUUUCUCUCUUUCGUAUUACUAUUUUUGUUUUCUUUAAUUGGGAGUUGUAAUGGAUCGUCGUCCGGCGGCAAUGAUAGGUUACUUGAAUUCGUUCGUGCCAUCAAUUAGUGCCCACGAUCUGUUAAGAAAUUAAACCACCACCAUCCCAACCAGUUCAAUGAUUACACGUUUUGGUGUCUGUCAUUUUAUACAGUGAAAGCUGUAUUUCCACCACCGCUAUUACCACUACCGCCACCGACCAGCUUUUCUUCUCAUGGCUUCUACUAUUGUGAUUUACAAGAUUUAAGUGGUGUGAAUUCGACGUAUUCAAAAUCCAUAACUCAAAUUCAUUCGAGAUUUUCAAAUCAGUCCAAUCUGCCUUGUCAAUUAAUGUAAGCUUCAUUCUUUAUGAGGGUUUGGUAAUUAGGUAUAUAGUUUAUGUAGAGAUAUGCAUGCAUGACCAGUUUUUUUUUUAAUAUAUAUAAUAUGCAUGAACAAUUAAUUAAUUAAUGCUGAUUGC